AUGGGCCAAACAGGAUCAUCGCUUCCCUCCUCACUCCCCGAGCUCGCCCUUCACUGCCUACGCGUAGCAGACCACUCUCCUGCGUCCGGCCAGCUCGAGCCAUUUUUCGACUAUCUCAUCGGGAUCGAAUCGCCAGAUCAUCCCUUCGAUGCUGAGCCCGGGACAGGAGCGCCGCAGGGGCAUGGAAGGGGUUUAGUUGGACUGAGCCCGGCAGCGCUGGGUCGGAUAUUAGAGGAUAAUGAGGGAAAGAAGGUGGGACUGAGGGUAUAUAACGCCAAGAGUCAGAGGAUAAGAGAGCCUACCUCAUCGGAUCAGCAGCCAAAGCCAUCCCUCCUUGGGCUCUCACUCAGAGCUUGCAAUCCGGUCAACGCACUUGAGAGUGUAUAUCACGUUCUGGAUGUCUUAGAGGGAUCGCCAGCCGAGAUGGCUGGAUUGGUACCAUGGGGAGACUAUGUACUCGCAUGGUCAGGCGGACCCCUGCACUCCGAGAGCGACUUCUACAACCUCAUCGAAGCGCAUGUCGACAAGCCAUUGCGGUUGUUUGUGUACAAUUCUGACCUCGACAACCUGAGAGAAGUGGUGUUGUACCCAACAAGACAAUGGGGCGGGGAGGGACUGGUUGGGUGCGGUAUUGGAUACGGUCUCCUCCAUCGGAUCCCCCGCCCUGAGACUCCUCCGGCGGGAGGUGCUAUCGCUGCCGAUGGCUACUUCGGGCCAGAUUCGACACGGAUAGCUCAGCGUCCAGAUGGGGGGAUUCCGGCUUAG